AUGGUGAAACGUAGCAAAAUCUCUUCCACUGAUGCUUGUCCCGAGUUCUUCAAGAUAUUUGCGCCUGAUUUGUGCUCUCAACGACUGCGAAUCCCACCAGCAUUCCUCAAGAACUUUAAUGGAGAUUUACCUCAAAAGGCUGUACUCAAAAGUCCCUGCAAACGAUCAUGGUGGGUUCAUGUGAAUAGCGUCAAUCAGAAUUUCUUUUUUCAAGAGGGUUGGGAGGAAUUUGUGCAAUAUCAUUCUUUGGAAUUUGGGGAUAUUCUAGUUUUUUCCUACGUUGGUACUUCAAAGUUCUAUGUUAGUUUAUAUGGGAAAAAUAGUUGUAAAAAACUGGCUUCCCUUACAAGGAAUGAUGUCAAGUCACUACCACUUGUCAAAGGGAAUCAGGCAAUAGGACCUGGUGAGUUUGUGUUAAAUCAACAGGUUUUUUGCAUGCCUGAUAAACUUCCACGUACUGAUAGAAAAGCUGAUAGGCCCAGGCAUCAGGUUGAGAUGGCAAUUGAAGAGAAUGAUGGAGAUCUUGAGGCAGCCAACAAAUCCAUAUCCACAAAUCCUUCCUUCAAACUUGUUUUGGGGCAAGCUUAUAUCAGCAAGGGGAUUGUAAGUAUACCAUCGAGCUUUCGCAAGAACUACAUGGAGAAAGUGAGACCAAGUGCUACGCUUCAGCUUUCUAAAAAAUCAUGGCCUGUGAAAUUGAAUUAUCGUCAUGGAACAGUCCAGUUUUGUCAAGGUUGGCUGAGAUUUGUAAAAGAUAACAAUCUCCAAGAAGGAGAUGUUUGCUGUUUUGAGCUGAUUGGAAGAAACAAUUAUGUGAUGAAAGUUUUUAUUUCUAGACCACGAGCCUAUCUUGAACUAGACAAACAAAGAGAAAAGAAUAUCGUGAGACGUAGGGGUCGUCCACAGACGGUCUGUUCCUUUGAUGAUUGUCCUGAAUUCUUCAAAUUCUUUUUGCCCGACCAAAGCUCUGAAGAUAUGCGCAUACCACCAGCUUUUCUUGAGCAUUUCAAUGGACACAUACCAGAUAAGGCCAUCCUUAAAGAUCUUGGGGGGAAGUAUAGGCAUGUGGAUAUGGAAGACGCUGAAAAUGGAGUGUUUAUUAAGAACGGUUGGCAGCAUGUUGGGAGUGGUCAUUCUUUAAAGCUUGGAGACUCCUUAUUCUGUAGAUACAAUGGAAAUUCUUCAUUCACUGUUAGGGCAUUUGGUACGAAUGGAUGCAAAAAAGAAGUAACUUUAGCUCUUGGGAGUGUGGUCACAGGUGUAAAAAUUGAAGAAAAGACUGAAGAAGAACGGACUUCUCCCAAGCCUUCUAAUAUUGGCAAGCACAAGUACUGCAAACAGGAGAUUGAAGAAAAGACUGAAGAAGAACGGACUUCUCCCAAGCCUUCUAAUAUUGGCAAGCGCAAGUACUGCAAACAGGAGAUUGAAGAAAAGACUGAAGAAGAACGGACUUCUCCCAAGCCUUCUAAUAUUGGCAAGUGCAAGUACUGCAAACAGGAGAUUGAAGAAAAGACUGAAGAAGAACGGACUUCUCCCAAGCCUUCUAAUAUUGGCAAGCGCAAGUACUGCAAACAGGAGAUUGAAGAAAAGACUGAAGAAGAACGGACUUCUCCCAAGCCUUCUAAUAUUGGCAAGUGCAAGUGCAAGUACUGCAAACAGGAGAUUGAAGAAAAGAAGACUUGUCUGAAGUGCUCUCGUAUUUGCAAGCAAAUGUGUGCAAAAGUUGAUAUUGAGGAGGAGACUGAAGACGAGUGGACUUGUCCCAAGCACUCAUAUGAGAAUAAGCGAAAAUAUUCAAACAGAGGCAUGGAAAGAUGUUCACAAGAAGUAUAUCCACUAAAAUCACCAAGAAUUGCUUCAAAAAUUGUUAAAAAUCAGAAGGAAAUUGAAGACGCAGGGCUUGUCCUACCGAAAAAUCCAUAUUUUAUUGCAGCUCUCAGUCCCUCAAGGCCAUCCCGCCUGUACAUUCCUAAACGACUGUUGAACCAACUUCAUUUCGAAAGGUGGCGAGAAAUGGUGUUCUGCAAUCAGAAUGGGGAAAAGUGGCCUGUGAAAGUCCAUUUCAUAAAUGAUGGUCGGGUAUCCUUCACCAAGGGAGUGUUGGAUUUUUGGAAGGAGAACAAUCUGUGUCUUGAUGUUUACUGGUAUGGUUCAUGCUCUGAUCUGAGGAGAUGGUGA